AUGUCAGUAAAUAAAAAUAAGGCUAUUAGUGGUCCAAUUAGUGGAUCAUUUUUACAUGUAGGGGGAUCAAAUGUUAAACCAGCACCAUUACAAGCUCCUCCACCUUUAUUAAAAGUUCCACCACAAAUAAAUAAUAAUACAAAUAAUGAUUCACCUCCAAAAUCUCCACAUUUAACAAAGUCAGUAUCAAAUUCAAAUUUAGGAGGUACAUUACAUUUAAAUGGUAGUAAUAAUAAAACACCACCAAUCAUUCAACCAACACAUAAUAUUUUACAUCAUCCAUCACCAAAGAAAUCAACCAAAUCAACCAUUAUUUCAGGUAAAUUAAAGAGAUUUUUUAAAUCAAGACCAAGCAGAGAUUCAUUGUAUGAAAAGCACAUUUUAUCAGCACCAUUUGGAUCUGGCACACUAUCAUUUAUAAAUAUAUUCAAAAUCAUUACAGCAUUAAAGAAAUCCAACGCAUUGGAGAAUGAAGGUUUAUUUAGAGUAAAUGGAAAUGCAGAAUCAAUCAGAUCACUUUGGUUAAUGUUAAAUAAUAUUCAUGACCCAAUACCAUCUACAACAUCAAAUCCACAUGAUUUGGCUGGUUUGUUGAAACUUUAUUUAAGAGAAACUAAAUUCCCAUUGGUCCCAUUGGAGCUUUGUUCACCACUACCAGUUACAGCAGAUGAGGCAAGAGAUUUUAUGCAAAAUAAAUUACCAUCAGAGAAUUUAAGAGUGCUUUCAUAUUUAAUGGAAUAUUUAGAACAGGUUUCAACAAAAUCAUCAAUUAAUAAAAUGAAUCCAAUUGCAUUGGGUGUAUGCUUUGCUCCAAAUACAAUUAGAUCUGUAAAUACAAAUAAUAGUAACCCACAAUUCCAAAUCCAUAUGACAAAUAUUCAAUCACAUUGCAACUUUAUUACUUUAUUAAUUGAAAAUCGUGGCUAUAUCUUUAAUGAAAGUGUUUUAGAUUUACCCCCACCACCACCAUCUGAUGAUUGUCCAGAAAUUUUAGAAUCACUUAUACCAGAAUCAAUUGAAGAGUCCAAUGACCUAUACCCAGAUUCAAAUCAACAACAAAAUCAACAAAAUCAAAAUUCUCAUGACCAUCAACAAAAUCAUAACGAUUCAAAUGAAGAUUAUCAAGAUGAUGAAGAUAGUAAUAAUAAUAAUAAUAAUGAUGGUGAAAAUUCGCCAUCUCAAAAAAUAUCACCACUUUAUGAUGAGUUUAUCAAUCUAUUAACCGAUGACAGUUUAGGUCCACAACAAAAAUCAAUUAUUAUCAGCAGAAUGACAAAUCUAUUUUAUAAUGAUGGUGAAAAUUUUAAAAAGUUUUUAAAAGAAAUGGGUAUUGAUGGUAUUGUUUCUUUAUUAGAAUAUAUUUUAACUUUGGAUGAUAAUUAA